AUGGCCAAUGCUGAUUUCACUCUCGAGAUAAUAACGAGAGACGACAAUGAGGAGGGCUGGCUUGGUCCACUCAUUCAUGACCGAACCACCGCCAUCAUGGAGCUAUUGGACGUUUUUCCAAUUCACGAAUCUCAGCUUCUGUUUCGUCUCCCCGUCAUCAGCCCACUCUUUAAACGGAAGACCCGAGUAUUCCCUGCAUUGGCCACCUCGGAUCCGGACUUUAAACGUUGGCAUGGUCGGUUGGCCAAUGAUGCAGCAACUGUCUCUCAAUGGCGGGCAUUAGGCCUCGACCGAUUUAUUUCUCUGUGUUUGGAGCCGCCAAAACCUGAUCCCGAGCUGUUUAAAGCCGCCAUCUGCUUCUGGUCCACGGAAUCUAAUUGUUUUGUGCUCCCAUUGGGGUCGAUGACGAUCACCCUGCUCGACAUAGCGGCCCUGACUGGCAUAUCAAAGCCGCGUGUGCAAUCAAGGAGAGCCUUGGACCCAGCUACCUCGAUAGCUUUUGACCGAUCCUACGAAUCGCUCUACAACAACAACGCGCCAGUCAUUCCGGGUGAACCCGUAUCUGACAGCGAGCGGGUUGCCUUCCUUCAUUACUGGUUUGGUCGAUUCGUGCUUUGCACCCAACGACCCAUCCCGGAUGCGCAUACCAGCUCUGCAAUCUUCACCGGCGAGUGCGUCAAUCUUGAUGAAAUUGUGCUCUGCCACCUCUAUCGCGGUCUGUACACCAUCGCGAACCGUGUCAAGGAGGCUCCAGAAGCAUGUGGCAUCCUCAGUGCUGGCCAUCUAUGGCUACUACAACUUUGGCUGCAUGCUUAUUUCCUGGCGACUCGCGGCCCUCUACCAGCUCUACAAACGGCAGUUCAAGAUACCACCAUGCUCACAUAUGGCCAUUACUUGGCUAAAGCAGCUUUGCGAAAGGGGACUUUUACAAAUUAUUUUACCUUCUUUUAUGAGGUCCGAGAGAUUCCCAGCUUCACUCCUUUCGCGGAACGGAAAUUCGGCCCCGCUUCUUUCAAACUCGUUUUUGACAAACCACCACCGCGAGGUGAUCUCGUUGCCGCUGCUUAUCAUGAAUUCACCGAAGAGCGCAAACGGUACCUAACAGCUCGGGACCUCCUCUUUGCUCCUACCGGCUCAGAAGUACUCAGUAUUGAGACUUACAACCCUCAACUUGCUGCUCGACAAUUCAAUCUCGUUCAAUCAUGGCCUAUGUUACCACCCUUGUCCUUGAAUUUUCCACAAUUCCACAUCCGCUCUUCGGAGCUUACCGCUGGACAAAUUAUGGAGGUACGAGGUUACCAAGAAUCUGCACAAUACUUUCCUCCUUAUAAAAACGUGGUGAAUAAAGUCUCGCCCCAGUUCAAGGAUGCAUGGAACUCACUAGCCUCCCGCAUUUUCAGCAAGUCGUUAUCUGAUAUCCUCGCCCGGCUUGCUCCUGACCACGAUGGUGGUUCAACUACUUCAGCAUUCAAUACUCACUUGAAACGGCGAGCAGGUAUGAUCCUCGUCCUCGCACUCCUCUUUAUGCUUGCUGUGACAUUCAUAUUUUAA